GAUCAAAGAGACCUAGAUGAAGGUAUAAAAAUGUUUUAUUGGGGCGAAAAGGUGUCCCGAGGCAUCGGUGCGUGGCCUUUAGCUCCAAACAAUAAUCUUUUCACAGUAUUUUUUAUCUACUUGACUGUUGUUGGAUCACUUGAAUACGUCUCUCUUUUUAAGGAGUACAUCGACUUCACAAGCGCAAUUGAUAUGAUUACUGAAAUUCUUGCAUUCCAGCAUAUUUAUGUGUCCGUAUUAAUGUUGAGAGUUCAUACUGAUAAACUGCGUUAUUUAAUAACAGAGUCGCUGAAGGACUACCAAAUGAGCGCUUUCAAAAAUUCGUUAGAAAUAAAAAUAUUCAUCGCGUAUAUCAAUAAAGGCAGAGCUUUUGCUAAAUUUGUCAUCACUUUUAUAGCAACGACAGCGAUUUCUUGGUUUUUUAUGCCCUUAACAGCAUUAGCCGCUCCAGUUAGCGACAACGAAACAAUGCAAUUUGUUGUACCAUAUCGCUUUUACAUUUUUUAUAAAGUUAAUGAUUAUACAACGUACCUGCUGACAUACAUUUCUCAAGGGCCUCCCUUUUUUAUAAUUAGCACCGGACACAUCACGUCUGAAGGCUUUUUAAUAGUAUUUGCGUUCCAUUUGUGUGGAAGAUUAGCCAUUUUAGUCGAAAGGAUAAACGGACUGAAAAAUGAACCCAAUAUCAGCAAAAUUAAACUUAGUAAAAUAAUUUCAGAACACGCGAGAUUAUUGAAAAUGGGCGAAAAUAUUCGCGGAGCUUUUGCAACAGCAUUAUUGGCGUAUUUAUUAAACGGAAUGAUUUUGCUGUGCUUGAUCGGAUAUCAAAUCCUUGUUAACAUUAUGACAGGACCUAAUUCUGAUCUGAUGCUUCACUUUACAUUCAUCUUCGCGACGUAUUUUAUAAUAACAACAUUUUGCAUCGUCAGUGAACAACUCAUUGAAGAGAGUAACAGUGUUUGCGAAGCUUUUUGGAAUACAGAGUGGUACAAUAUGCCUCGAGAGUGUAUUUACGACAUAAUAUACUGCAUAAACAGAAGCCAAAAGCCUCUUGCGCUGCAAGCUGGAAAAUUUUCAUACUUUGACAGUACCACACUGACCGAGGUGACCAAAACAUCGAUGGGUUACUUGUCAGUGUUGAGAAAUUUUUUAACCGUCGAUUGA